GACUGGAGGCUGCAGUCCGCCGGCGCCGCCGCCUCGCGCGCUGCUGCCCAGCCGGCUCGGCCGCCCCGGGACCAUGUGGGACGGCGCCCUGCUGCCUCCUUUCGUGCUGCCCUUGCUGCUGCUGCUGUUGUGGGGCCUGGAUCCGGACACAGCUGUCGGCGAGGCGGCGGCCGACGUGGAGGUAGUGCUCCUGCGGCGGGUGCGGCCCGACGAAGUGCACCUGCCGCCGCUGCCCGGCGCCCCGGGGCUCCGGGGACGGCGACCACCCCGUGCGCCCCUCGCCGCCCUGCGGGCCGGGCCCGGCGAUCGCGCCCUGCUGCUGCACCUGCCGGCCUUCGGGCGCGACUUGUACCUGCAGCUGCGCCACGACCUGCGCUUCCUGUCCCGCGGCUUCGAGGUGGAGGAGGUGGUGGAGGCGGGGGCGGCCGGGCGCCGCGGACGCCCCGCCGAGCUGUGCUUCUACUCGGGCCGCGUGCUUGGUCAUCCCGGGUCCCUCGCCUCGCUCAGCGCCUGCGGCGCCGCCGGCGGCCUGGUUGGUCUCAUCCAGCUUGGCCAGGAGCAGAUGCUGAUCCAGCCCCUCAACAAUUCCCGGCACCCAUUCAGCGGACACGAGCAUCUGAUCAGCCGCACAUGGUCCUUGCCUUCUAGCCCCACUGCCGGGGACUGGACACCUGGGCAACUCUGCAAAGUUCUAACAGAAAAGAAGAAGCCAAAGAGGGGCAGGCCCUCGAGGGACUGGCGGGAGCGGAGAAACGCCAUCCAGCUCACCAAUGAGUACACGGUGGAGACCCUGGUCGUGGCCGACGCCGACAUGGUCCAGUACCACGGGGCCGAGGCAGCCCAGAGGUUCAUCCUCACCAUCAUGAACAUGGUAUUCAAUAUGUUUCAGCACCAGAGCCUGGGGAUUAGACUUAACCUCCAAGUCACCAAGCUCGUCCUGCUACGACAGCGUCCCGCCAAGUUGUCCAUCGGGCACCACGGUGAGCGGUCCCUGGAGAGCUUCUGCCACUGGCAGAACGAGGAGUAUGGAGGUGCGCGGUACCUUGGCAACAACCAGGUCCCAGGCGGGAGAGACGACCCACCUGCUGUGGACGCGGCCGUGUUCGUGACAAGGACAGAUUUCUGCGUCCACAAAGAUGAACCCUGUGACACUGUUGGAAUUGCUUAUUUAGGCGGCGUGUGCAGUGCGAAGAGGAAGUGUGUGCUAGCUGAAGACAAUGGUCUCAAUUUGGCUUUUACUAUCGCUCACGAGCUGGGCCACAACCUGGGGAUGAACCACGACGACGAGCACGCGUCCUGCGCCGGCAGGUCCCACAUCAUGUCAGGGGAGUGGGUGAAGGGCCGGAGCCCCAGCGACCUCUCCUGGUCCUCGUGCAGUCGGGACGACCUCGAGAACUUCCUCAAGUCGAAAGUCAGCACCUGUUUGCUGGUCACAGACCCCAGGAGCCGCCACGCGGUGCGCCUCCCACACAAGCUGCCAGGCAUGCAGUACAGCGCCGGCGAGCAGUGCCAGAUCCUGUUCGGCAGCAACGCCACCUUCUGCAGGAACAUGGAGCACCUGAUGUGUGCCGGACUCUGGUGCCUGGUGGAAGGAGAUUCAUCCUGCAAGACCAAGCUCGACCCGCCCCUGGACGGCACCGAGUGCGGAGCAGACAAGUGGUGCCGAGCGGGGGACUGUGUUAGCAAGACCCCAAUCCCAGAGCACGUGGACGGGGACUGGAGCCUGUGGGGCCCCUGGAGCAUGUGCAGCCGGACGUGUGGGACAGGCGCCCGCUUCCGGCAGAGGAAGUGCGACAACCCCCCCCCUGGGCCCGGAGGCGCGCACUGCAGCGGUGCCAGCGUGGAGCACGCAGUCUGUGAGACCCCGCCCUGCCCCAAGGGCCUGCCCAGCUUCCGGGACCAGCAGUGCCAGAGCCACGAACGGCUGAGCGGCAAGACGAAAGGCCUGCUGACCGCCGUGGUGGUGGACGACAAGCCUUGUGAGCUCCACUGCGCCCCCCUCGGGAAGGAGUCCCCACUGCUGGUGGCCGACCGUGUGCUGGACGGCACGCCCUGCGGGCCCUACGAGACAGACCUCUGCGUGCACGGCCAGUGCCAGAAAAUCGGCUGUGACGGCAUCAUCGGGUCUGCAGCGAAAGAGGACCGGUGCGGGGUGUGCAGCGGGGACGGGAAGAGCUGCCGGGUGGUCAAGGGGGACUUCAAUCACACGCGGGGCACCGUCAAGAAUAAUCUUUGCAGGAAGGUGUUCACGUGCGUGAUGACAAAGGCGGUUCCCCAGUGUUUCUCAUGUUACAUCGAAGCUGCUGUCAUUCCCGCAGGAGCUCGGAGGAUCCGCGUGGUGGAGGAUAAGCCUGCCCACAGUUUUCUGGCUCUCAAAGACACCAGCAAGAGAUCCAUCAACAGUGACUGGAAGAUAGAGCUCCCCGGGGACUUUCAGAUCGCAGGCACGACCUUCCGCUACGUUAGAAGGGGUCUGUGGGAGAAAAUUUCUGCCAAAGGACCAACCAAAAUACCACUGCACUUGAUGGUGUUGUUGUUUCAUGACCAAAACUAUGGAAUUCACUACGAGUACACCAUCCCCGUAAACGACACUGCAGAAAACCAGAGCGAGCCGGAGAGCCCCCGGGACUCUCCGUUCUUCUGGAGUCACCGCGGCUGGGAAGGAUGCAGCGUGCAGUGCGGAGGCGGGGAACGCAGAACCAUCGUGUCUUGCACACGGAUUGUUAACAAGACCAUGACUCUGGCGAACGACAGUGACUGCCCUCCAGCAAGCCGCCCGGAGCCCCAGGUGCGAAGGUGCAACGUGCAGCCCUGCCAGUCACGGUGGGUGGCGGGGCCGUGGAGCCCCUGCUCAGCGACCUGUGAGAAGGGCAUCCAGCAUCGGGAGGUGACCUGCAUGUACCAGCUGCAAAACGGUACCCAUGUUGCCACCCGGCCCCUCUACUGCCCGGGCCCCCGGCCGUCACCCGUGCAGAGCUGCGAAGGCCAGGACUGUCUGUCCAUCUGGGAGGCGUCUGAGUGGUCACAGUGUUCUGCCAACUGCGGAGCAGGAACACAAAGACGCACGGUGACCUGCACCAACCCACAAGGAAACUGCGAUGCAUCCAGGAGGCCGAAAGCCGAGGCGGCGUGCGAGGACUACUCAGGCUGCUAUGAGUGGAAAACAGGGGACUGGUCAAAGUGCUCGGCGACCUGCGGGAAGGGCCUGCAGUCCCGGGUCGUCCAGUGCAUGCACAAGGUCACCGGGCGCCACGGCAACGAGUGCCCUGCCCUCGCGAAGCCAGCCGCCUACAGACAAUGCCACCAGGAGGUCUGCAACGACAAGAUCAACGUCAACACCAUCACGUCCCCCCGCCUCGCCGCUCUGACCUACAAAUGCACACGAGACCAGUGGACAGUGUAUUGCCGGGUCAUUCGAGAAAAGAACCUCUGCCAGGACAUGAGGUGGUACCAGCGCUGCUGUCAAACUUGCAGAGACUUCUAUGCCAGCAAGAUGCGCCCACCGCCGCCGAGCUCCUGACACAGCCCGGAGACCCCAGAGCCCCGGCACCGGGUCCAGGGACUGGAGCUCAGCAGGUCCUGACAGCACCCCCACCCCAACCAGGAGCUCACCAUCCUGCAGCCUGCGCCUCCCAAAGUGACCGUCGCCCAUCCACGGGCCGUCUCCAGAAUCCAAUCACGUAGAACCUGAGAGCGCACUUGACGUUGGCCAUCAGUGCGUUUUACUUAAUAUAUUAUUAACAGCCACCGGAUGGCUUUCUACAGUAAGAAAAUAGACCAGAGUCACAAAAUAAUUAUAGUUUCUAAGUUCUGUGUACCUCGAAAGGAAAUACUUUUGGCAAACCGUGGUGAAGAGAGAGAGGGAGAGACGUCAUUUAGUGUUUCCAAACUGGCUGUCCUUGGACGUUUGGAUUCCUGGCGUUUGGUGCACCACAAGGGGACAAUCCCAUAAAUGAAACAUUUCAUGUUAAAAGAGGCUUUAUUCUGAAAGCCACACAUCGCAAAUGGAAGGACAGAUAUCAACAAGCCUCUCCUAACGGCUCUCCGGAGAAGGCUGGACUGCCAAAGACCACAAUCCUUUUAAUCUGCAUUCUUGACGAUGCACGUCAAGGAAUUUGCUUCUCUACCCGUCCCUGAAAGCAUCUUCUUCUUUCCAUCCUGGGCCUUGCCUUGGAAGCCUGUCCCUGAGUGUUUAAAUCUGUGUAAGCAAUAAGGUCACCAGCACCCUGGAGUUCUGCAGGAGAGAAUAUUCAAGAAGGGUUCGGGUUUGGGGAGGCACCAUAGUUUUCAGAUCUCUGCUGACCACCUUACAAGGGAACCUCCCUCCAAGGUGCUGUUGACACAAGGUAAUUUUGGCAGUGGAAUUGCUUCCAGGCAUAACGGUGAGCUUGGGCAUCAUCAGGUGUGUGAUGAAGCGCUGCCUCCUGGAGCCUCUGAUCUAGCCAGUAUUCAUCAAGCUUUGCACAUUACAGAUGCCACAGCCCUUCCAGGUGGCUUCCCAUUGGCCUCUGCCAUUUAUCUGAAGUCAAGUAUUUUUAGACCCUCUUGGGACUCAAGCUCAGGCCCGGGGUCUGCAGCGGAAGGCCUGACUUCUUCAUCCUGGCAUUGGCUGUCUGUCCCCAGGGCCGUUCAGCUGGGAUCAGGGAGGAGAGCCCCUGGCUGGGCCCGUUGUCACCGUCCCUCCCAAGCCUUCACGUAGCUCAGACCCUCUUGGACCCAUCACCAUCAUGGUUGUCAUUAUGGACUCAUCUUCUUGGUGGGGCAAGAAUGGUGCUCAGAAAGACACAAAGAAGGUCUUUCCCUCUUGCAGUCCCCUCACCUUCUCCAGAAGCCAGGGAGGGAGGCCUCCUUGAGAGCGUAACGGAUGGUCAGCCAGCCUGGGAGUAGAAGGCCUGUUCCAGCACCAGCUUGGUGGGUGUUUCAUGAGUGCUUGUGUUCCAGGACUUUGAGAAGCCACCUUCUCCUCCCUUAUUUCAGACAGAGGAUCUCACUUAGGCUCAUUUCCCGGCAAUCAUCUCCACAUUCCCUUGAUUUAUUGGUGCUGUGUUUAUGCUUUUGCUCUUUUUUUUCUUAUGUCCCAAGUUUAGGGUUAGCUUAAAUCAAAAAGAAAAAAAUAGAAAACUCUCUACCACCUUCUCCCCUGUCUUUGGGUUAUUUGUUUGCUUUUGAUUUUUAAAACUCUAGAGACAGAGACGUGAUGGGGAUGUCAGGGAAUUUCUUCAGUUCCACUUGAAUCAACAAGAAGCUAUUGAGAAAUCCUUUAGGAGCUCUCUGGAAAGCACCGAGCAGAGGACCCAGCCUGCAGGGGCCAGCAGUUGCCCAGGGCCUGUGCAAGCAGGCUGUCCCCCAUGCCACUCAGGUUCGGCCACCAGCCAGCUUCCCCAGCCCCCCUUUCCACAAAGCCCUCAGAGGCUUGAGGAGUGGGUUUCCGUUUUUCCCCAACCCCAAACCGGCUCUUCCUUCACCACAGGACAACAGAAAGACCUCUUGGGGCUGUGGAACAGAGCUGGGACAGCCAGCUGAGGAAGCCCAUGGCCACUUUGCUUGCUCAUCUGCAUGGGCUGGGCGGGCGUGCACUCUCCUGAUGCCCCCCUGACUGGGUCAGCUGGACUCCCCCUGUCAAGGGCCCCAGCACCCUGCGAAUGCCAGUGACUGCUUCCAUUGCCACUGCUCCAGGACCGCGUGUCUUUCAAACUCUUUGAACCAUCCCUAUUGUUGUUGUUCUGAAAGCCCUCAGCCCACCUCCUAUUUAUGCCACCAGCGAUGACUUGCUUCGGUGAUGCAAUCCGAAGCGCCCGUGACAGUCUUGUUCCACUCUGUAGAGGAGACGUUGAAGUUCUGUGACCCCAAUAACGAUGCUUCUGUGUUGUUAACAAUACCCUGUACUGUUACUCGAGUACUGUACCCUUUUGUUUGCACACAUGUGCUCCUGACCACAGUCUCUCUAUCUUAUUGGUGCUAUUUUUAUCGGUGCAAAAGAAACCCUCUGAGUUGACCUUGGGCUGAUGUUCUCCAAAUAGAGGGAUAGAGCCUCAAGGACAAUAAUAACAUUGCUUUUCUUUUUCGUUUCAGAGUCAAAUGUAUAUAUUUUCCAUUAGUUAACUUUCAGUAUGUACUGUAUCCGUGGUAUUUUUAUUUUACUUUUUGGUGCUGGUUUUGGAAAAAAAAAACAAAGAAAAAUGAAUAGAAGACAAACAUUGGAAACCAUUGUCAGUGAAAACAAUGAACCAUUUCAUUGGAAGCAAGUUGAAUAUGUUUAAUAAAUUUUUUUUUUCUCCGGAACAAUUUUAA